CUAUUACAGGCCAUGGUACGAAUUUCAAAGCUACCACAGUCUCAGAGGAGUUUUACCUGUAAACCUUGCCGAAUAGGGUGAAGUUGUGAUAAUGGAAGCCAAGAGAGUUUUGAAAACAUUGAACCAGCCAAAUCACCAACCAGUGAGCCAUACGGCCAGUCAUUCUGCAAUCAGAAAACCGAUGAAUGCUGAAAAUGCUGAUGAUGAUGGAGACAGGCCUAAAGCCAAACUAGUUGUGAAGCAUUGGUCCCUUCAAGACUUUGAUAUAGGGAAACCUCUUGGAAAAGGCAAAUUUGGAAAUGUCUACCUGGCUCGAGAGAAAACCACAAAAUAUAUUGUUGCUCUUAAGGUGUUAUUUAAGUCCCAGUUACAGAAAGCAGGUGUGGAACAUCAACUCCGCAGAGAAAUAGAAAUACAGUCCCAUCUUAGACAUGAUCACAUAUUAAAACUGCACGGCUACUUUCACGACACAAAGAGAGUGUUCCUGAUCCUAGAGUUUGCAGGUAGAGGGGAACUGUACAAAGAAUUACAGAAAAGUGGUAGAUUUGAUGACCGCAGGACGGCCACAUACAUAGCAGAACUGGCACAGGCUUUAAUAUAUUGUCACGCCAAGAAAGUCAUACACAGGGAUAUCAAGCCAGAAAAUCUGCUUCUGGGACUGGCAGGUGAACUAAAGAUAGCUGAUUUUGGUUGGUCAGUCCAUGCACCUUCUGCAAGGAGAGCAACGAUGUGUGGGACACUAGAUUAUCUUCCCCCAGAGAUGAUAGAGGGGCGCCAUCAUGACGAGAAGGUAGAUUUGUGGACAGUGGGCAUCCUUUGCUACGAGUUUCUGGUAGGGAAACCACCGUUUGAAGCAGAGGGAAACACAGAGACAUACAGACGAAUCACCAAAGUUGAUCUGCAUUUUCCCUCUCAUGUAUCCAACGGUGCCAGGGAUUUGAUUUCAAAGCUUCUGCGUCAUGACCCCAUGAAGAGACUGCCAUUAACUCAUGUUCUGACUCACCCCUGGAUUCUGGAGAAUGCUAAGGAGACGUCACUUCCCAAAUCAGCCACAUCCCGCACUAACUCUGCCAAUUAGACAAACAAAAUAUAUGAUAAUGCUGCUGGAUAUCUCAUUUGUGCUACAAAAUGAAAAAUGCCACUUUCUCUCUUUUCUCCUGAUCAAAAUUGGGCUGUAUUCCUAUGUGAGAUAACAUAAUCUUGCAGGAAACUGCAUUUCCAUCUGACAGUCUGAUAUGUAUUGCUGAUGAUGUAAGAUUUGUCUUCCCCGUAGGUCGCUAGGGGUGAUUAGUUAUACCAGGAUGUUUAACUAACGACGAUCAGAAGGUUUUGUUGGCAUAGGCCCUACUGUCCAUACGCGUACAUUAUAGUGUAUAACUUCUAGACAGUUCUCUGUAGUUGAAUUUGAUAAACAUGCGUCAUACCUGUAUACAUAACAAACGAUCAUCUGAAGAAUUCUCUCUAGACUGAAUACCAGUAGCCAGUUAUGAUUAAUCCCAUUAUAGAGCUACUCUUAAAUCAACACUUAACAAGGUUAUCAGGCAACAUGGACCGCAUGGGAAUGGAUCCACAAAGCCAUUUCUAAAUUAAAUUGGAAUUUAAAAUUCGAUUUUAUGCCUUAUUUUUGGUCCAUAGAAAUUGGGACCACCUCGUACAUGUUGUCUAAACACUGAUGUGCCCACAUUUCCGACUGCAGUUUCAAAAUUAAAAUACCGUGACGAGGUUUUAAAUUUUGACGCAUGUAAUUCAGAAAUAGCUAAAUAGAACCUGUCCAUGCACUGAAGCUUAAUUUAUACAAAAUUAACGGAUUUCUCUUCAUUCAUGUUCACUAUAUGCUGACCUAUUAUACCUAUCUUUCUCCAUUAACCUGAUUGGCCAUUAUUCUCUUGCAAUACACCAGUACUAUAUUUAUAUACUAUUAUAUCACUUUGUCCAGAAAUCCUCAUUGCGCAAAAGCGGUAAUGAGCAAUAUAUAUACUACAUAGCUUUGACCCGAGUUACUUUAGCUGAGAGACGUUCCCCAUUGAUAUAAAUGGUCAUUCGCAUUCUACUGCAUUUUUAGUCAAGAAGUGUUUUUAGUUGUUUUCUUUCAUACUCAGAAAUGCAUUGUAUUCCCGAAGAUAACCCUUUAGAUAACCCUUUCAUGAAAGCGAAGACUUUUCCCUGGGUGCAUCGCCCGAUAUCAAAUAACUUUUUAUCACUUUUAUUAGUAUACUUUCCUGAAAUUUUCGUGGCUUCUUCGAAAAUAUGAAAAUCGUAUCUAUUAGAUAGUGUAUGUUUUUUAACAUGUAAGGUAUAUAUAUACAUUAUUGUGCCUUAGUCAAAUCACUGACGAUAUAUACAUAUACACAUAUAUUGUCGUUUUAUUUACUAUAUAUCGUUUCAAAUAUUCCCUCUGGACAGAUAUGUAUGGUAUUCUUAUGGAUUUUUAAGGAGAAUGACACAAUCUCAGAAAUAACUUGUGAAAAUGACCUUUGUGAAAGCAAUCUAAGUUUAUAUUCUUGUGUACAUCGUAAAUAGGGAGAAAUACAGCGACUGUCCUAUGAUGCCUCUUGAAUGGCAUUCUUUCAGAUGUCGGAAAUUGCGCACUCAAAUUAAUUUUGCUCUAUGCACAUGAGUGUGCAAACGUUCAAGAACACCACUCCAAAUUUCAAGUAAUAA